AUGCUCUAUGCGGAUGAUAUAUUGAUUUUUCUAAAUGGAGAGAAAAGAUCAUUGAGAAGGCUUGUGAACACUUUGUCUAUUUAUGAGAAGUGGUUUGGGCAACUGAUUAGUAAAGAGAAGUCUGACAUAUAUACUGCCAAGAUCAUCAGUGCAACUAGGAGACGUGGCCUGGUGAGGAUUACUGGUUUUGUGGAGGGUCAUUUUCCUGUGAUAUACUUGGGAGUUCUGUUGGUGAAUGGUAAGCUUAAGGCUUGUCAUUUGGAGCAGUUGGUUGUUAAAGUUCGAUCAAAAGUGGCGGGGUGGAAGGUGAAAUUAUUGUCGCAAGGUGGGAGGCUCAUUUUGCUCAAGCAUGUGUUGUCUAGUAUGGCUUCUCAUUUGCUUGUUGUCAUGGAUGUGCCAAAGAUUGUUAUUAAAAAGAUUAAUGCAGUACUUUCUACAUUUUUUGGGGGAGAACAGAGUGGGAAGGCUAAAACUAAAUAG